AUGUUCGGCGGAAGCCCAGAACGAAGUCCGCCCCCGUCGACUUCAAAGAGCGCAGAGGCACCAAUGCCUAUCGCGACGGGCUCCCUCGCGUCAGGUAAUGAAUCGCCGCCUGAAGGCCGAUCUGCGACUACAGACAACUCGGCUCCCUCGACUCAACCCAACAUUUCUGAACAAACUCAAUCGCCAUCCGCCGCCCCUCAACCUUCUGAAGUGGCGCCAUCCGCCCCCCCUGCCGAUGCUCCGAAGAAACAUCGACUCUUGGCCCUACCAUCGCGAACGUCUUUGAAAGCAGACAGGCCAUCGACUUCAGAUAGAACCCAAGAUGGACCGCAUGACGGGUCCGAGAACACACUUCGUGGCUCGCGGAGAAGUCUUUUAAGGGGUCGAAGAGAUAGAAGUAGGGGGAGCAGCAUGAGGUCUCGAGAACAGAACCCUGAAGAACCCAGCUCGGAGGAGAAUAACAAGACUGUCAGUCCCGAUGUGCACGAUCCAGCAAAAUCAGAAAAACCGCCCAAAACCUCACGCAAACUUUUUGCGUUCCUGAGCUGCUGCUCGUCUUCCGAUGUCGACCCCGAGGACGGGUCUAUUCCCCCGAAGAAGACUACCAGACGACCAUCAGUUCUACAAACCCAGCCAACACCAGAAAAGGCAGAUGUCAAUGCGGCCGAUUCAAGUACAGCCGAGUCAAAGGCACCGAGCUUUUUCAAAGAUGAAAAACCCAAUAUGGGUGUGGCCUCUGAUAAACCAAACCCACAGCUGGAUGAAGAGCGGAUAGUGAGCGUUGGGGAGCAAAGUUCACAGUUUGACGGAACAAAAUCAGCGACGACUAUACCCGAAUCUACUCAAGAUACUUCUCCAUCGAAAUUGUAUAAUGGAACCUCGCCUUCGGACGCACAGCCAUCUAUCCAAUCCGGCGCUGUCCAGACAGAGCCCACAGUGUCCGAAAAAUCUGGUACUAUCAAGGCGGAGGAAAAUGCGCCAGAAGGCCGCAAGACGGAGGAGUCUGCGAUAUCUGCCCCAGCCGCGACGACUGAGGAAGACACAAAGCAAGUUCCACGCGAGGAAGAGGCAAUGAGGUUACCUCCUCCUCCACCGCUAGGAAAGCAACCGGAAACGUCCGUCCAAGAGAAAGCCCAGCAGUGGCUAUUACCUCCAGCCCUGCCCCAUUUACAGGGUCGAAAAUGCCUAGUUUUGGACCUCGAUGAGACAUUGGUGCACAGUAGCUUCAAGGUCCUUGAACGCGCCGACUUCACCAUACCCGUGGAGAUCGAAGGGCAGUACCAUAACAUUUACGUGAUCAAACGGCCUGGCGUUGAUCAAUUCAUGAAGCGAGUCGGAGAGCUGUAUGAAGUGGUCGUAUUUACGGCUUCAGUCUCAAAGUAUGGUGAUCCUCUAUUGGACCAGCUGGACAUUCAUGGUGUCGUGCACCACAGACUAUUCCGUGAGAGCUGUUACAACCAUCAGGGUAACUACGUCAAGGACCUCUCCCAAGUUGGCCGUGACCUCCAAGAGACAAUCAUCAUCGAUAACUCUCCGACAUCCUAUAUAUUUCACCCUCAACAUGCGAUACCCAUCAGUAGCUGGUUCUCUGACGCUCACGAUAACGAGCUCCUCGAUCUUAUCCCCGUCCUCGAAGACCUCGCCGGCUCGCAGGUGAGAGACGUUAGUCUGGUUCUCGACAUUACGCUAUGA